UUCAUGUGAAUUGUGUAUGAUAACUUCAUUGGAAAGGGAGAGGCAGAUGAAUGCUGUAUAAAAGCACAAAUAAACUGUGAACCUCAAUCAUCAAACAUCAAACCACAACACAACUGCAUAUCAUGGACGAGUUAAAGGUUCGAACUAUCGACCUGCAACGGGUGCAAAACCAGACUCGCCACAGAACCGAGGGUCUGAGUUCCAGCACUCUGGUUCUGCGGAGAGGACAGGCCUUUACAGUGAUUAUCAACUAUGAUGGACGACCAUUCGAUCCACUGAAGGAACAACUGAUCUUCCGAAUUGUUUCAGGCCCAUUGUUUGUGGAGGCUCUGGUCUCUGUGUCCAGACAACCCUCUCUGACCCAGUGGACAGCGGUUCUGGAGAAGUGCAUACUGAACCCAACUGGACACCGUGCAUUGUCAGUAUCACUGUCCAGUCCUGCGUCUGCUCCUAUUGGUGCCUACACACUUCAGCUGAGAGUGCAAACCCGCUUGAGUGUGACAACAUACUUUCUUGGCCAGGUCACGCUCCUCUGCAACCCCUGGUGCCCAGCUGAUUCAGUGUUCCUGCAGUCUGAGGAUUUGAGGACUGAAUAUGUCAUGAGUGAUAUUGGCCUGCUGUUUAAAGGCAGCACCAGGAACAUUGUCCCCCAAUCCUGGUCAUUUGAUCAGUAUGAAAAAGGGAUACUGGACAUCUGUAUGAAAUUGCUGCAGGUGAGUCCUCAACAUCAAGCAGAUAUGGGUAAAGAUCUACUGAACCGCAGCAGUCCAGUUUACAUCAGCCGUGUGAUCUCAGCGAUGGUGAACUCUAAUGAUGAUAAAGGGGUAUUAAUGGGAAAGUGGUCAGGUGACUACAAAGAUGGUGUCAACCCUUCACAGUGGACCGGCAGUGCAGAUAUUCUCAGGAUGUGGGCAGAAACACAAUUUAGUCCUGUGAAAUAUGGACAGUGCUGGGUGUUUGCUGCUGUCAUGUGUACAGUAAUGAGAGCCCUUGGCAUCCCGACUCGAGUCGUCACCAACUUCAACUCCGCUCACGACACAGAUGGAAAUAUGGUGAUCGAGGAAUAUUACAAUGAGAUGGGGGAAAAACUGUCCAUGAGCAGGGAUAGCAUCUGGAACUUCCAUGUGUGGGUGGAGAGUUGGAUGAAGAGGCCUGAUUUGGGUCGAGGUUAUGACGGAUGGCAGGUUCUCGACCCCACGCCACAAGAGAGGAGCGCAGGAAUGUUCCGCUGUGGUCCUGCUGCUGUUAAAGCCAUUUAUGAGCAGAGGGUGGAUGCUCAAUAUGACGUGCCAUUCGUUUACGCAGAAGUGAACGCAGAUGUAUGUACAAUGAUCAUCAGAAAUGGGAUGGUAUUAUCAACCAGCAUUGAUAAACGCAGAGUUGGAGCUCUGAUCUCCACCAAACGUCCAGGAUCCAUGAGUAUGCAGAACAUCACGUCUGAAUACAAAACUGAGGAGGGUAAGAGAAAGAGUGAUAAAAAAGAAAAUCUUGUAGAUUCUAAGGGUGUUGAAGUUUCUCUCCAGCUUCUGAAAGCCCCUGUAGUGGGAGAAAACAUUUCUUUUAACGUCAUAAUCACUAACAAUGAUGCUGCUAAGAAACUGCUGAAAAAACAUGUGAACGCUCAGAACAAGGAGUAUAACCGCAAUCCCACUGGAAGCUUCUGGGAGUCUCAUGAUGACGUGAAGAUCGGCCCGAAAGAAACUGUGACUAUGAAACAUGAGAUCUCCUUCAAGGAGUACAUGCUGAAGGAGACUGAGGAGGAUUCUCUGGUUAACCUGGCUGUGGUUAUUGAGGAUGUGAAGACUCAGGAGAGAGUGCUGGCUUCAGAAGAGUUCAACAUCCGCACCCCUUCCCUCAAUAUACAGAUUCAGAAUGAGGUCUCAGUCACCAUUAACACACCACAAGUGGCCACGGUGGUCUUCACAAACCCGUUCAGCUUUGCAGUGAGAGGAGAACUGACCGUAUCUGGUUCAGGACUCUUGGAGGAGAAGGCUCAAAUGAGGAUUACAAUCCAACCCCGAGAAACCACAAAGAAGCCAGUCAGUUUCACUCCCAGGAUGGCGGGGGCCAAGAUGCUUUCUGCUAAUUUAGUGUUGGAGAAUCCUCCCACCAUCCUGCACGGAUUCAAGACCAUCAAUGUUCAAGCAUCUUAAGAGUCACACACCUUUAGAAAUGAUUGUGAACCCUCAUGGAGUGCUGCACUAGUGGUUGAAACACAUUUAGAAUUAAUUGCUUUCUAAUCCUUUUUUAUUUAUGUCACUGUGAAAUCUGACUUGAUUCACUGACUUGUUUUCAAGAUUAUUUAGGCACAAGCCUGAAAAUAAAGCAUAUCCAUGCCUUAUCC